CGUAGCGCAAGCAACUCCACUGGCUUUCCAUUUGCGAUGGAGGAAAAGGCGGUCACACCUACACCGCCGUCGACGUCGCCGGCAAUCGAUCCCAGGAGUGGUUUCGACGCCGUCUCCAGGACUUUCCACAGCCUCCGUCCGUUCGUACCGUUGCCGGCCCGCGAUCGGCCGCUCUCCUUCACCUCCUACGCCGUCUCCCUGCUCCCAUCCCCGCUCCCUCCCCUCCCAGCCGUCGUCGACGCCGCCACUGGGGAUGCGCUCUCCUUCCCCGAUCUGCUGUCCCAGAUCCACUCCCUCGCAGCCGCCCUCCGCACCGAGGUCGGCCUCUCCAAGGGCCACGUCGCCUUCAUCCUCUGCCCCGCCCGCCUCGACGUUCCCCCACUCUACCUCGCCCUACUUUCCCUGGGCGCCGUCAUCUCGGCUGCCAACCCCGCCUCAACUGCCGCCGAGCUCGCCCGGCUCGUCGGCCUCUCCAAGCCCCGCGUCGCCUUCGCCACCUCCGAAACCGCUGCCAAGCUCCCUGGCGACGUUCCGACGAUCCUCCUCGACUCCCCUCGGUUCCGGUCGUUCCUCGCCGGCAGCGGAGGGGAAGUGCCGCCGGAAGAGGAGGUCGGGCAAAUGGAUGUGGCCGUCAUACAGUACUCGUCGGGGACGACGGGAAUGGUGAAGGCGGCAGCCCUGACGCACCUCAACUUCAUCGCGAUGGUGGCAGGGUUCCACGCUUCACGGAAACUGCCGGCAGAGCGGAGGCGGCGAGAGGCGCCGGAUGUGACGGUCGUCGGAGCGCCGCUUUUCCACUCUAUGGGGUUCUUCUUUUUGCUUAAAGGAAUAGCACUGGGGGAGACCACCGUUGUCAUGGGCGGCGGCGGCGGCGCGAGGGAGAUGCUGCGCGUGGCGGAGAAGUACCGGGCGACUUCUUUGACGGCGUCGCCACCGGUGGUUGUUGCGAUGGCAAGGUGGGAGGAGAAGAUCGACCUGGCAGCGCUCGAGUUCGUGACCUGCGGCGGAGCGCCGCUACACGAGGCGGCGGCACACCAGUUCAUGUCUCGAUUUCCCGAUGUGGAGCUCCGUCAGGGUUACGGAUCCACUGAGGGUGGUGGUAUAGCAAGGAUGAUAGAUCGUGAGGAAUGCCUCCACCUGAGGUCUGUCGGUCGCCUGUCACAGAAUGUUGAAGCUAAGAUUGUGGAUAGUGUCACAGGUGAGACCCUGUCAAUUGGCCAAACUGGAGAAUUAUGGAUUCGUGGCCCUUCAAUCAUGAUAGGUUACGCAGGAGAUGAGAAAGCAAAUGCUUCCACCUUUGCUCCCGGUGGCUGGCUAAAGACAGGUGAUCUCUGUUACUUCAAUCAAGAUGGGUUUCUUUUUAUUGUGGAUAGGUUGAAGGAAAUGAUCAAGUAUAAAGCUUACCAGGUUCCACCUGCUGAGUUGGAGCACUUGCUUCUAUCACUACCUGGAGUUGCUGAUGCUGCUGUGGUUCCUUAUCCUCACGAGGAGGCAGGCCAAAUACCUAUGGCAUUUAUUGUGAGACAGCCAGGAAAUAACCUCAAAGAAGCAGAAAUCAUGGAUUUCAUUGCAAAGCAGGUAGCACCAUACAAGAAGAUUCGCAAAGUUGUUUUCACCAGCUCUAUACCGAAAACAGCAUCAGGAAAGAUCUUGAGGAGGCAAUUGCGCAACCAUGCAGUUUACAGUUCCAUGUCCAGACUAUAAUGUGCGUCGAGUUUUCUGCACCAUAUCAUGAUCAUGAGUUUUCAACCAAAGUCCCAUUUUAGCAUCUUUGUCAAACUCUUUUAGAUGAUCUGUUUCACCUACAAAAAUCUGAAAUGACCUCAGGAUAUCAUCAGUCUACAGUAUUUUCUGAUUACUGUUCUUUGCAUCUUGAGCUUUCAGGAUGCUGUAAGUUAUUGUUUUUUUUGCAUCUUAGCUCUAUUGUUGAUUUCAUUUGUUGCCCAAUGGCUGUUUGGCUCUGAAUUAUUGUUCUUUGCAUCAAUUAAUGUCAUGGGCUUAAGCCUGUAACCCAUUAUGUGUCAACCAAGUCAACAAUAGUGGCAUCUUAAUGUAAUUUCAUAUUGAAAGUGGGUGAAAAUGACUCAAACGCAUCAAGUUAAUGGAAGGAUAAUUACAUUGGGCCGAUUGAUAUGUAUUGGGAUGGGCCAACCAUAUGUGAUUUGGGUAGACCCGAUUAGGUUCGGGUCGGAUCUUCUCCUAUUUGUGUUGCCCUUUCUUCCUUCCCAAGCCGGCGUGAAUGAGUUUCUCUUUGCGUCGUUGUCUUCGUAAUAAGCCUUUCUUUGCCUCUUUAGCUUCUCCCUCCUCCUCUCGAUCUAGGGAUUCUUAUCACUUCUUCUCGCUUGUUGAUUCGUCUUCCGCCAUCGUCGUGUUCGUGAAUCAUGAAGCUCGACGCGAGUGGUCUCCAAUACUUCCCUUCGGUCACCGGAGGCGGCGUCGACGGUCUCGGCGAGGACCUCUUCGCAGCCCCUUCGUUCCAACUCCCGGAUUCCUUUGAUAUGGUGAAGCCUGCGAAGGGGACGACCACGCUGGCUUUCAUCUUAAAGAAUGGCGUCAUUGUGGCCGCCGAUUCUCGAGCUGGCAUGGGAGGAUAUAUCCGUAAGCAUUUAAUACUCCAUGUCAUUGGGAGAUUAUGCUAGAGCUGUUUGCAUCUUGUGUGUGCCUCUGGUUGCUUGAUGAUUAACUAUUAAGCAAACAAGAAACUCGUGAUAUUUGACACAGUGGAGAUCAACUUAGCGUGGAGAUCUUCAUUAUCUGAUAGUUCACCUAGUAUUGUAUUAAGGAUCAACUUGUGAUGUAUGUCCACAAUUGAGUUUGAUAAAAACUUCGAAACUAGUUUGAUCUUCUUAGACAGAUAUUUCUUGUUAAAGUUUUGACGAAGCAAGUGGAGUUAUUUGCUUUUACUUUUUCUCCUUUCUUAAUCACAAAAGGAUUAUAGCAUUAUUGUUAUUAUGUGAACUUAAAUGAGCAUAGAGUGACUCAAGGAAAAUUAGCUGAUAUAUUCAUUUUUGAGAAAGCAAAUGAAACUGAGGUUAAGAUAUGAGUUCUUUCUGUAUGCUAAUCACGAUAAUAUUGGCAUGGUUGACACAGAACUAAGAUACAAAUGACAUCAUACUGAUGCAUAUUCGCAGAGUUCAGUGUUUUCAAAAGGUGUUUGGCCGUUGACCUAGAGGCUCAGGCAAGGUGAGGUGAGUCUUGAGCACCUUGCAAAACCUUGGGGCGAGGCAUUGCAACGAAGCACUGCUCAGGUGCUCACCUGAGUCCAAGCGCCGAGCACUUGAGCUUAUGGUUCGAUUGAACGAGUAAGUUAGUUCAAUCAAACCAACUAAUGUACCCUUACACCUCCCCCAAUCCCGUGCCCAACCCAGUGAAAGCAAAACCCUAUGUCCGUUGCUACAGCUUCAUCUACCGUUGUUCGCCACUGCAGCUUCGGCCAUCGCCUUCUCCUUCCCCUACCUUCCUCCACAGCCGUCAGUUACUUCUCUUCUCAAUUCAUUCUCUCUCAUUUCAAUUAACUUGCUGCACCAUAUUGAGAUGGUGCUUACUCACUUUGUUAGGAGUUAACCCUAUUUAGUAUCAUAUUGGAAAUACUAUUUAGCAUAAGUCUCCGUCAGUAGAACCUUUGUUUAGCAUAUCAUUUUUAUUUGAUAUGCCAUUUUUAUUUUUAUGAUCAUAUUUAUCAAUCAUAAUAUAUUUUUAAUUUUAAUAUUCUAGAGUGCCUCGCUUAGUUCGCCUUGCACCUUGGUUGUUUUGUAACCUUGGCGCAUAGCGCUUUUAAAAACAAUAGCAGAGUUACACUACUGCCACAAUUUUCACCAUUACCAUAAAUUUUAGACAGAAUUGCAGAACUAUGAUUGAUUGAGAUAGACUCAUCUAAAUCUGCCAAACUAGUAGGUAAAUCAGUAUACAACAUUCAUUGACUCUCUAGCACCUUCUUGAUUUAUUGUUCUACAUCAUCUGUUAAAUAUUCUGCAUCGGUUCCUGUAUCUCUGUCCAUAACAAGAAUUAUUGCAAGCCCAUGAAUAUAGAAAGAGCUUGAUUCUCAAACUCUUGGCAUUUGAAUGACUCUUCAAUGACUAAGAAAUGAUUUAAAAGUUUGCAAUUCUAUUAAGGAUGGUGGUGCUGGUAAUGUGGAGCCUCACACUAGCAAACAACAAGAAGUUUCUAUCCUCAAACAAAUUCUUAUUGCCAGUAAUACAGUCUCAGCAGUAACACUUGUAUUGUUGUUCCAAACAAAUUCACUUCCGCUAGGUGUCUACGAUAGCUAAGUAUUGCUUCUUCAGCUGCUUAUUGCUUUUGCACAACCAGGAAGUAUCUCAUGCAUCCACAUCUUGAAACUGUUUUGCACAGCCAGGUUUGAACAUUGCAUUGUCAUCUUUUCAAUUUCCACAAUUUGCAGUAUCCAUAGGGUACACCAACUUAAUAUCUUCCUUCCAAAUGUGAACUGGAUUUUGUUCUGCUUUCACAUAAUGCCAGGAUAUAUGAAAAGGCACACAUAAACCAAGAUAGUGACUCUGGUACUUAUCACUCCCAUGAUAUCUUUCAUCAUCAACUUCUCUGUGUUAAGAAAAUCAUCUAGAUCAAUCCAUAUAUGCUCGGUACAAUGGCUGGUGGUGCUGCAGAUUGCCAAUUCUGGCACAGGAACUUGGGCAUCAAGGUAUAGCUGUGCUUUUACUCAUCCAUGCAUAUUUGUGUGCAUUGUCCAUUAGUUGAUCUGUUUAAUUUAGUGGAAUUCCCACCUUAGUUAUGCUAUCAUUUGCUUAUGGAAUAUUUUACUAGUUAUCAGUUUCAUCCUAUACAGUACUGCCUACAAUAACUGGCAAACAAGAGAUGGAUCUCAGUCACUAGUGCUUCAAAGCUAUUAGCAAACAUGCAUUACUCUUACUGUGGAACGGGCCUUUCGAUAGGGACCAUGAUUGCUGGAUGGGAUGAAAUGGUAUACUCAAGUUCCAAAUCAGUCCUUUUCUUCAGCUGUUUGACCUGGUCUCUUUCGUCUUGGGAACCUGGAUUGUAUUAUGUUGACAGUGAAGGUGGAAGUCUCAAGGUAACACACUUUUCAGUCGGGUCAGGGAAGUCCAUGAGCUUAUGGUGUUCUGGAUAGUGGUUAUCACUAUGACACGACACUUGAGGAAGCUGCUGAACUGGCAUGUCGAGUCAUCUACCAUGCAACAUUUCAUGAUGGAGCUAGUGUUUUUCAUGUCGGGCCUGAUGGUCGGAAGAAGCUUUCUGGAGAUGAUGUUAGUGAGCUUCACCGCAAGUAUUAUCCUGUCGUCCCAACCUCUGUUGAGCAAGAAAUGGCUGAAGCUCCAGCAGCCUGAGAGACCAGCCUUAUUGAUGUUUGUGUAUCAUCGAGAUUAUGAUUGACCACUUCCGUCGGGGUAUAUUGCAGACGAGGCAACUUGAUGUAAGCCACGUUCUGCUAUCCGUAUAACUUAUUUGCAUCGUAACGACAAUUCUGUGCCCAAAAUGAAGGGCCAUCAGGUAGUGUUCGAAAGUCGCUUCUGCCUAUAUUAUCAAUGUUGAUGUGACCACCAAUUACUAUGUUUCCAAUAGCAUAUAAUAUACGUCAUGUCCUUUAUUCAUCC